AUGGCUCUUCGAUUGUCUGCGAAAAGAGUGACAGCUAAUUUGAAAGCUGGAAAUUUAUCACCAGUUAUCAAUGGCUUCUUGAAGAGAAAUGCUUCUCAAGCAGCGGCAGCUGCAACAAACUUAGCAGAUGGAGUCAAGCAUGAUAAUCAUAAUGAGAGCAAAUUAUCCAAUCCAGAUCCUUCACCAAAUUCGCCAACAGGACGUCUCGUCUCAGAACAAGCACCAUACAUGGUUGCAACCUAUGCCCGACCACCACCAAUGUUUUUGAAGGGAGCCGGGUGUUAUCUUUGGGAUACAGAGAACAGGAGAUACUUGGAUUUCACAGCUGGUAUAGCAGUCAAUGCUUUAGGACAUUGUGACCCAGAAAUCGCAAGGAUAAUGCUAGAACAAGGAACAACUCUUAUACAUACUUCUAAUCUAUACCAUAAUCCAUGGACCGGGGCUCUCUCUCAACUCCUCAUCGAAAAGACUCUAGAAUCAAAUUCAAUGCACGAUGCUCAAGCUGUUUUCAUCUGCAACUCUGGCAGUGAAGCUAAUGAGGCCGCAAUAAAGUUCGCUCGAAAGUCUGGAAAGGUUGUUGAUCCGUCAGGUGCCAAACAUGAAGUGGUUUCGUUCCAAAAUUCUUUCCACGGCCGAACCAUGGGCUCAUUAUCUGCAACUCCGAACCCAAAAUAUCAAAAGCCAUUUGCCCCAAUGUUACCGGGAUUUAAAUAUGGAACAUAUAACGAUGUGGAUGCCAUCAAGGAUUUAGUUACGGAAAAGACCUGUGGUGUUAUAGUAGAGCCAAUUCAAGGAGAAGGUGGUGUCAUUGUGGCGACCGAAGAAUUCCUUACUGCACUUGCAGCUCGUUGUCAUGAAGUUGGUGCAGUCCUCAUCUAUGAUGAAAUACAAUGUGGGCUUUCACGAACGGGAACAUUCUGGGCCCAUUCUUCGUUGCCAAAAUCGGCUCAUCCAGACAUUAUUACUACGGCCAAGGCUCUCGGAAAUGGUUUCCCCAUUGGAGCAACAAUUGUCAACAAAAAUGUAACGGAAAAGAUCAAGGUUGGUGAUCACGGAACUACCUUUGGUGGAAACCCAUUGGGAUCCAGGAUCGCUCAUUACAUUGUUUCUCGAUUAUCUGAUCCAUCAUUACAAAAAGAUGUCAUCAGAAAAUCGGAUAUAUUCAAGAAACAUUUCCAAUUAUUACAAUCUAAAUACCCAGAACUCGUCAAAGAAGUCAGAGGUAGAGGAUUACACUUGGGUUUACAAUUAAGCCGAGAUCCCACUCCGGUUGUCACAGCUGCUAGAGAAAGAGGUUUACUGAUCAUUACGGCUGGAACCAACACCUUGAGAUUCGUACCAAGCUUGAAUAUUACCGAUGGAGAAAUUGAAGAGGGUUUCCAAAUUUUGGAAGAGGCGAUGAGAAUUGCCACCUCUCCAGUAGAGAAGCCUCAAGGAGCUCAAGUCCAUGGUGAAGUAGAUUCACCAAAUUAA